UGAAGAAUUUUAAGAAGAUGCUAAGGCAACCAAAUUUGGGGACACUAUCCAUGGUGCUGAUUCUCUGUCUCGGGAUUCCAGAAGUCAUCCUGGCAUGUCCUCACCCAUGUGCCUGCUAUGUUCCCAGUGAAGUUCACUGCACAUUUCGAUCCUUAGCUGCUGUGCCAACAAGAAUUUCUAAACAUGUGGAACGAAUUAAUUUGGGGUUUAACAGCAUACAGGCUAUAGCUGAAAGCUCAUUUGCAGGACUUUCAAAGUUAGAACUGCUCAUGCUUCAUGGCAAUGAUAUCCAAAAUAUACCCAAUGGUGCCUUAAAAGAUCUGUCAUCAUUACAGGUAUUCAAAGUAAGCUAUAACAAACUACAGGUUAUAACUGGCCAAACCCUCCAAGGGCUUUUCAACUUGAUGAGAUUGCACCUGGACCACAACCGAAUUGAAUUCAUCCAUCCAAAUGCUUUUAAUGGAUUAAUUUCCCUCAGACUUCUCCACUUGGAAGGAAACCUACUUCAGCAGCUUCACCCAAACACAUUUUCAACAUUCUUAGUCCUCGAUUACUUCAGGAUGUCAACAAUAAAGCAUCUUUAUUUGUCUGAAAAUGCCAUUAGGACCUUACCUACGGGCAUUUUUGAAAGAAUGCCUCUUCUAGAGAAUAUUUAUCUUCAUGGGAAUCCCUGGUCCUGUGACUGCAGGCUGAAAUGGUUCCUUGAAUGGAGUGAAAAAUCUGCAGGUAUCCUAAAGUGUAAAAAAGAUAAAGCUUAUGAGGAAGGUCAGCUUUGCCCUAAAUGUACCUUCCCUAAACAAUUCCAGAAAGAAGAUAUUCAAAAUGUGAAAGAUGUUUCCUGCACAAAGCCAACCAUACAGUCCCCAUUAAAACAAAGCAUCAGCCUGCAGAAGAAUGAAGAGGAGAAAGAAGAUGACGGCUCUGAGCUACUAAUGGAAGAAUAUCAGUGGUCCCCGUGGAACAUUACUCUGAACAUGACUGAUGAACACAGAAACACAGUGAAUCUCAAAUGUGAAAUUAAAAAACCAACAGAUUCUACCAAAAUUCAGUGGAAUCAGAUCUCUCCCCAUGAAAUUGUGGUCAAUGGUACUAUUUCUCUGGAUCUGGAAUGCCAUAUGAACCGAAAAAACUACGAGAAGUUGUGGAAGCUUAUUGCAUAUUACAGUGAAGUGCCUGUCAAACUUAAAAGGGAACAUGUACUCAGCCGUGAACCUAAAUUGAGCUAUCACUAUAGGCAAGGUUCUGAUUAUGAUGCUCCCUAUUACACAGGUGUCAAAGGCAGAAUCCUUGCUGAGCCUGCCUGGGUCAUGCAGCCAUUGAUACACAUCCAAUUAAACAGACACCGGAGCACAGGAAAAAAGGUGGUUCUCUCUCUUUCUUCCCAGGUUUCUCAAACACUUCAGCCUCAUGAACACAAGCAACAGAGAAGCAGCUGGGUUAUGAUAGAGCAAGACCAGCACACAAGAGCUGCUCAGAGUGUAGUAGAACAUUCAGAUGCUCAGCUAAGCUGUAAUGUCAAAGCAUCAGAAAGUCCUUCCAUCCAGUGGAUUCUGCCAGAUGGGACCAAACUGAAAGCUCCAUUCAGAAUGGAAGGCAGAAGGUUUUCUGUCCUCAGCAGUGGCCAGUUAAUCAUCAGGUCAGUGGCCUAUGCUGAUUCAGGGGUGUAUCACUGUGUUGCUCAGGUGAGAGAUGAUGUAGACACAGUGGCCUACAGAGUUCUUGUGCAACCUGCAGUUAUUCAGCAAGUUGACUCUGAGCUAAGAAAAAUUGAAAAAAAUGUGGGGGAUUCCAUAUUAUUGCCCUGUAGUGCAGUAGCUAUACCAGAUGCUGAUUUAAACUGGAUACUUCCAAGCAGCCAAAUUGUCAAUGAUUUAUCAAACUCUUCCAAUGGAUAUUUGCUAGAAAAUGGCACAUUGUUAAUUCCAUACAGCCAUGUCAGUGACAGCGGUUACUACAGAUGUGUGGCCAUCAACCAACAAGGAUCAGAUGAAAUUGUUGUUAAAGUAACAGUAAAUAAGAUGGUUUCUGACAGGUCCUCUAAAAGGAUAAAAUUUAAAAAGCAACCUGGUUCAAGAACCUUUGUAAAAGCAAGGGGGCAGGUCAUAGGAGAUGAUGAGGGAUCUGGUAUGCCAAGCAAGAAAAUUCAUCUUAAGGACUAUGAACUAUCACUUAAACAAAAGAGUGAUGUCAUUUCUCAUGUUCAGGUAAAAACAAAUAAAAAAGGAAAACUUAAAAUGAAAUUAUGGAAAGGCAUGGAUAGGACUGAAGAGAUCAAUGUUGCUGAGGGUCGAAGAGUAUUUGAAUCCAGGAGGAGAAUUCAUAUGGCAAACAAACAAAUUAAUCCACAGCACUGGGCUAACAUUUUGGCAAAAGUCCGAGGAAAAAAUCUUCCCAGAAUUACAACCACUCCAAUUCCUAUUCUAAGUACCACUGCAGAGAUUCCUUUCACAUAUCGGACAACUAGAAAUCCGCUUCCUGUCUCCAGUGUCCCUCCAAGGAGUACUGUGGAAAUCAAUGGAGAGGAAUCUUCAGCAGAUAUAUCACAUUUGGAUGAAGAAGACUUGUUCUCGGUCACAGUUCCCUCUGUCAUCACCGUGCAGAAUUACGGUCAAGACCAAGUACUUUCUACAGCAAUGCAUGUGGAGCAUGAAUCCUCAAAAAUGGCGGAAGAUCCACCCAAUGUGGAAACCUUUGUAGCACAGGAUAUCCACACCUCUUCUAUACAGACACAGCUUUGGAAUCACAGUGAUUUGAGCACAGGUCAAUCAAAAGUAGCAGAACCAAAAAGGAUAGACAAUUCUGAUGGAGAAAUAAGUAAUAUUUCAAAAAAAGAAUUUGUACCUUACACCCAGAGGACUUUAAUGAUUGCCAGCAACAGGGAGAAAGCCACGCCAUAUCCAUAUUCAGAAAUUUCAGUUAAAGAUCCUGUCCUUGCAAAAAUCCAUAAUACUGAAACUAGCAGACAACAUCCACAACCUAUACCUAUGAGUAACGUAAGUAACGUUGCAACAAUUUUUAUACAUGCUCAGAUCAACAACUCUGCUACCAUUGUUGCAUCUCCCUCUCAAGCAACAGAUUUUGCUCCUAAAGACCAUGACAAUACAGAACGUCUACAAGUAAUUCCUUUUAAUCCACUUAGGAGUUCUAAAAACCUAAUAUUUGCAAGUGUGCAUCUUCAAAAAACAAAAUCCUCUUCUACUAUAGAAAGUACUGUUCAUCCAUUGAAAAAGAAAGAAUGGAUGCUGACAGCUGCUACUACCAACAAGCCAACCAUAGCAGCCACAAAAACAGCAUAUGAAAGGAAAAUGACUACAUCAGAGCCACCGAUCAGUCAGCAUUCACGAAGGAGACCAUAUGGGAGGCGGAGAUUAAGACCAAAUAGGUUCAAAAGACCAAAGCCUAUCCCCCCUACAGCUUUUAAUGUAGAAGAGAUAACUUUUGCUCAAAAAAUAUCUAAACUUGACAAUACUACUCAAACCAUGCAUGGUUUUAUGGCUGGACAUCAGAAGCCUGAGGAUGAAAUACAAAAAGUGAGUUCUUCAUCAUCAAUAGGUAUGACUACUUUACAAAAGUCCACCAAGGCCCAGGACACAAUAGCAGCUUCAGCUGUUCAUCGUCCUACUUUGUUACCUAAGACACCUUUAACCUUUUCUAGUAUCAUGGAGGAACAGAAAAGUCAAAUGGUGAUAUCAACAUAUGAUUCAGUGACUACAUCUCUCCCAAAGCAGUUGUAUUUAUCUCACAGUCCAGAAUAUGCAACAGCUAUAGACAAUAAAUUAAUUAUAGGAUAUAAUGAAGUCACAGAUACACCCACAACAAGCAUUUUAGAAGAAAGGUCAACAUCACCUUCUGGUGUUAGCUCCUCAGUGAUUCCAGAACUUGAAGAAAAAGCUAACUUUGUCUCAUCAGCCACCACAAAAAUUAGUGACUCAAGGGUAGCUCAGUCAAGGUCUAGUACUCUACAGUAUCUGUCUGUUAGCAAAAUGGAACAUCCUGAGACUCUGCCAUCUUUAGAAGAACUGCAAAACUUUUCAGAAUAUCUAAUAAAAACUACAGUUGAACCAUCUUCUCAUCAAGUUGAAAAAGUGACUACAUCUCACCACAGUUCAGUCUCUGAUCGUACUUCCAUACCUACAGAAAUGAACCAAAUUCUUAAUCCUUGGCAAAAUAAAACACAUAUACUACCAACUUCAAGAUAUUCCAAAGGAGUUACAAGUCAGUUCCAUGAUCACGAUGAUCAGACUGCCACAUAUAGAACUGAAAAAAACUAUCCCCCAGUUGUGUCCAUUUCAGUGGUCACUACUCUUCCUCCAUUAACACCUAGCAGUCUUAAUUUAUCAUAUAAUUCUUCUACAAAGAAAAAUCACACAUCUGUUCAACUAACAUACCCAGACAGCAAAAUAUCCAGUGUUGAUAGUAUAAGAGCCAAAUACAGCUCAAGACAGAAUGAACUUUCCACCACUCAACAAAAGCAAGGUGGUGGCAGGUCAUACAGCAGGUUUUCAUUAAAUCCAAAUAUUCCAAAUCAACCAGUUGGAAAAAACCCUAGUUUUUCACUUCCAAAAUAUUUUCAUGUGAGGGGUACUGUGAAACCUCCAUACCUCAUUGCACCAGGAUUAUUUCAUAAUUUUGUAACUCACCAAGUGCCCCUUCAUUAUACCAAUAAACCAGAGAUAACAGCAUAUGCGGCAUAUACCACACAGGACAGAAAAACUUCUUCCACUUUCCCUACCCCCACAUCUGCUCCAUUAUAUAGACCCAAAAUGCCUAUUCCAGGCAGAUCUGACAACCAAGAAGAAAUCAGACACAAUAUUCAUUCCAAAAUUUUUGCCAGCAACUAUCUUCCUGAAACUAGAGAUAAGCCUGGAAGAACAAUCAAUCAUGCUAUACCACAUUUUCACAGUGUUAGAACACCAUUUCUGAUAAACAGAACCAGGGUAUUUCAGCACUUGGGAAUGAACUCUAAACCACUGGUGCCUAAUCUACCAGUGCCAGUAAGCACAACUGAGAACACAUUUCUCUCUCUUACCAGGAAGGUAAUGCACAGCACUUCUUUAAAAGCCACCACUAUCCCAGUGCCUCCUACGUCCUUGGAUCCUCCACCAGCAGCUGGGACAAUCAUUCCUACCUUCACUACUCCAAAAAUUAAAUCUCAAAUGAGUUCAACCCUGCAGCCUUCCAGUGGUAUCUAUUAUAAUAAUCCCAAUUUGUUAUUUGUGCCUAAACUGGAUAGAAUUAAGGUUUUCAGCUCUAGCAUCAUUCAACCUUCUGUGCCUUUAAGACCCCAAGGAGAAAAACCUAAAAUUAUCACUAAAACAUCUAACAGUCUUUCUAUCCUUGCUGAGUCAGAUGCUGUUAUCCCAUGUGAUGCCACAGGAGACCCCAAGCCUUUCUUUUCUUGGACAAAAAUCUCUACAGGAGCAACGAUGACAGCCAAAACAAAGAUGCAACGUUUUGAAGUCUUGAAAAACGGAACAUUCCUUAUUCACGAUGUUCAGCUUCAGGACCGUGGACAGUAUCUGUGCACUGCUGAGAAUCUUCAUGGCAUAGAUAAAAUGAUUGUUCUGUUGACUGUCAUAGCUCAACAGCCCAAAAUGCUGGGUUCCCGCUUUACAGAUGUGACUGUUUAUUUUGGAGAAAAAGUGACUAUGGAUUGCCAAGCCACUGGAAUCCCAAACCCACACAUUUCUUGGAUUUUUCCCAACCGGAAAAUACUUCAAACUGUGAGUACUACAGAAGGAAGGGUGAUGCUGUAUGAGAACCGAACCUUGGUCCUCAAAGACACUAACUUUUCAGACCGGGGGAUAUACAAAUGCAUUGCCAGCAAUGCUGCAGGAGCUGACAGUAUUGCCGUGAGACUUCACAUAGCUGCCUUGCCACCAAUUAUCGAGCAAGAGAAAGAGGAAAACAUUUCCCUCAAUGUGGGGCAAAGUGUUAACAUUCACUGUAGUGCAAAAGCAGCUCCUUCACCUGGCAUCCGUUGGGUACUUUUUGAUGGGACUCAGGUUCGAACCUCCCAGUUUGUCCGUGGUAAUCUGUUUGUUUUUCCAAAUGGAACCCUUUAUAUACGUAAUGUCUUGCCCAAAGACAGUGGGAGCUAUGAAUGCAUUGCAGCAAAUAUGGUUGGAGCAGCCAGGAGAACAGUACAGUUGCAGGUCAAAAAGCAGUCAACAAAUGCCAAGAUCACAGGAAGCUCACCCCAGAGAACAGAUGUAACAUAUGGUAGCAGCCUGCAACUGGACUGCAGUGCAUCUGGGGAUCCCUGGCCAUGGAUACUCUGGAGGCUUCCUUCAAAAAGAAUGGUGGAUUCUCUACAGAGUUUGGACAGCAGAAUCAAGGUACUUGGCAAUGGAACUUUGAUUGUCCACUUGGUCACUGACAAGGAUGCAGGAGACUACUUGUGUGUGGCCCGCAACAAGAUUGGAGAUGAUUAUGUGGUCCUCAAAGUGAAUGUGAUGAUGAAACCUGCCAAAAUUGAACAUAAGAAUGAGAAUAAUCAUAAAGUGAUAUAUGGAGGAGACCUAAAAGUUGACUGUGUUGCCACAGGUCUACCAAACCCUGAGAUCUCCUGGAGUCUUCCAGAUGGAAGUAUGAUCAAUACCUUCAUGCAGUCGGAUGACAGUGGAAGCCGAGCAAAGAGAUAUGUGGUAUUCAACAAUGGGACAUUGUACUUCAAUGAAGUAGGGCUGAGAGAGGAAGGAGACUAUACCUGUUAUGCUGAGAACCAGAUUGGUAAAGAUGAGAUGAAAGUGCGGGUUAAAGUAGUGGCCGAACCUGCCACAAUUAGGAAUAAAACCUAUGUGGUUCUUAACAUCCCAUAUGGUGAUGCAGUAUCUGUAGGUUGUGAAGCAAAAGGGGAGCCUACUCCAAAAGUGAUUUGGCUGUCUCCAAGCAAUAGACUAAUCCCAGUCUUGUCAAAUAAAUAUCAAGUAUACAUAGAUGGGACACUUCUCAUACAAAAGGCCCAAAGAUCUGACAGUGGCAACUAUACAUGUGUAGCCCAGAAUAGUGCUGGAGAAGACCGCAAAGUUGUUGGGAUCCAUGUCAAUGUUCAGCCCCCUAAAAUAAAUGGCCACCCCAGCACCAUCACCUCAGUCAGAGAAAUGGCUCUGAAAGACAGCCGGAAACUUAUGGAUUGUAAGGCAGAAGGCAUCCCAUCUCCUCGUGUCAUGUGGGCUUUCCCAGAAGGAGUCAUCCUCCCUGCCCCCUAUUAUGGCAACAGAAUCACUGUUCAUCGCAAUGGCACACUGGAUAUUCGUGGGGUGAGGCACACCGAUGCUGUGCAGCUGGUGUGUAUUGGCAGAAAUGAAGGGGGAGAGGCCAGGCUAGUUGUGCAGCUUCAGGUUGUGGAUCAUGUGGAAAAACCCACCUUUGGGGAUCCUGUGACUGAAAGGAUUACAGCCACUGCAGGCCACAGCAUCAAUCUAAAUUGCUCGGUCCAUGGGACCCCUCCACCCAGAACUGCCUGGAUCCUUCCCAAUGGUACAGAACUGCUGAAAAGCAGUCAUCUGCAGAGAUUUUACCACAAAAGGGAUGGGAUACUAUACAUCAGCGCUCUGUCUGCAGCAGAUGCUGGGACUUACCGCUGCACUGCCAGAAACCCAGGUGGUUAUGCAGAGAGGGUGGUCUUCCUCAAAGUGGGAGUGAAACCAGAAAUCAGCAACCGUUAUAACAACCUGGUGAGCAUCAUCAAUGGAGAGACUUUGCAGCUUCACUGCAUCACCCAGCCUGGUCAGCCAGCUCGUGUAACCUGGACUCUGCCUAAUGGAAUGGUGUUAGAUGGUCCCCAGGCCAUUGGACGAUUCUCCCUGCUUGAGAAUGGCUCUCUCAUUGUUCGUGAGGCCUCUGUAUUUGAUAGAGGGACUUACCUGUGCAAGGCAGCCACAGAUUAUGGCUCUUCCCUUAUGAAUGUUCCUGUGAUUGUGAUUGCCUACCCACCCCGGAUCACAAGCGAACCAGCACCUGUCAUUUAUGUAAGGCCAGGCAAUACAGUGAAGCUGAACUGUAUGGCCAUUGGAAUCCCUAAAGCAGAAAUAACAUGGGAACUCCCAGAGAAACUGCAUCUGACAACAGGAACUCAGUCCCGUCUAUAUGGAAACAAAUUCCUUCUUCCUCAGGGCUCUUUAGUCAUCCAGCAGGUUACACAAAGGGAUGCGGGCUUCUAUAAAUGCACUGCUAAAAAUAUACUAGGCAGUGAUUCAAAAGCAACCUAUAUACACAUAUUCUAAAAUCCUAGCAAACAUCUUUGAAUAUAAACAGGUAUCUAAAAUCCUUGUCAAGUGAACACUGAUAGGAAUAUAAAGUAGCUGAAUAGAAAUGGUGGAUCACACAGCUUAACAUUAAUAAAAUAACAAAAUGCAAUUGAGGCAGGUAACUUGUUAGG